AUGAAUGCUCAAUCGAAUAAACAAGCAUCGAUUUAUUCUCCAUCUUUCUAUUCAUCACCUACAGGUUAUAAAAUGUGUCUUCGACUUUAUUUGAAUGGUGAUGGAACUGCUCGACAAACACAUAUGUCAUUAUUUUUCGUUCUUAUGCGUGGUGAAUAUGAUGCCAUUUUAAAAUUUCCAUUUAAUUUUAAAGUGAUAUUUUGUUUGUAUGAUCAAAAUAAUCAACAAAAUAAUAUUAUUGAUUCAUUUCGACCUGAUAUAAAAUCAAGUAGUUUUCAACGACCACGUUCGGAUAUGAAUAUUGCUAGUGGUAUACCAAAGUUUAUUCCUCUAGCAACGUUACAAAAUGAAAAUAAUUCAUAUGUACGUGAUAAUACAAUGUUUAUUAAAGUGACCAUCGAUUUUGACAAUAUGCCAAAAAGACUUGUAUCUUAUGCAUUAAGUCUUAACCCAGGCUUGACAAAUUCCAUACAACAAACAAUGAUUCGACAGGAACAUGAACGACAAGAACAAGUGUUAAUUUCUUCAACAACAAAUCUUCAGACAGAUCAAUCUGUAGCAGAGAAUCUAUCAGAUGACAAUAUACUUUUAAAUAUCCCAGCGAACGAAAAUAUCAAUCAAAUGACACCAUGA